AUGGGACCACUUCCUAUCUCAGCACGCGCAGCCCUUAGUCCAGCGCUAUCAGCUAUGCCACCUGCGAGGGCAUGUUUAAGCUUUUGGUUUGUCAGUUACACAGUUCUAAUUUAUGAUUAUUUCUGUACUCUUGAAGCUGAGAUCGACGAUGUCUGGUCGUCGCAAUGGUCUUUGGGAUUGACUCUCUUUUACCUUAAUCGAUACUUGCCCAUAUUGGAUAUUUUUCUAUUCCUGCGACCUGUUUUGGCGGGUCCACUCCCCAUAAUGGAGUGUCUAUUUCUUUACCCUGUGACCUUCUGGCUUGUCACUGUUGGCCUCAUUAUCUCACAGCUCAUAAUGCUUCUUCGUACAUACGCGUUAUGGGGACGCCGGCGCCUGAUUUUGAGGGUUUUGACGCCCGUCGCCAUUGCAAGUAUUCCUACGACUCUGCUUAGCGGGAUGCUAAGUGUGACAGCAUGGAAGACAUACCUUGAUGUUCGUAAUAUGCGAGCUAUUUCCUCCACUGCUACGGAUGUGGUACGGCGCCAACAGUGUGCAUUAGCCGCCAUCACAUUGGACAGGGAACGACGGUUUGCUUUACUAGGCCUCUAUGUACUGGUGUUUGUGGGCGAGGCGUUAACUGUCAUUUUGACAGUCAUCAAAGCAAACCAGCACGUUACUCGACUUUCUCCCCUGUGGGUAUCUCAGCUGUAUAAAAACGGCAUUGUAUACUGUAUUUGCAUGCUUGUUUGCAUUAGGAUGUUCUCACGCACUAACCACCACCAUCAACAUGGUCAGCGUGCCAGCUCACCGGCCCCGCUGCUGGGUACACGGCGACAGCGCUCUCCAGACUCAACCCCAGGCCCAACAGAGUCAGAGAGUGAUGGCCGAAAGCUGCUACAGACCAAGAGGUCACCCCAUACGAAGCGCCUUAUAAAGAAAGGCAGAACUCACCCUCGGAAAUCAGUGGAUGCCCCUCCGGGUCCCUCUCCACAGCACUCUGUCAACACACCCAUACCAUUGGCGGACCCACACAGUGCCCCAAACACCGAUGCUGCACCCCCAUCUACUCUGCCCCCGCCAGCUGUGUCUUCGGACAUUGUUGCCGGACAGGUUGCUCACCUCGAGACGCUGCUGGACUCCAUUCUGGCAACGGUCGCGAUUAUACAGAGCAUUUCUCACGGUACCGUCACACUCAGUGACCGAACGAUGCACGCCGCUCUGCUGCUACACUCAACCUUAUUCCCGGCAGACCCGGAAUAUCACCCCCAAAACCCUGAAAGGGUUACUGAGCCCCGGUCAUACGCUACAGUGGCCAAAACUACACCAGUGGCUCAGCCAGCUCACACGCCGCAGAGGACAUCCCCAGCCCCAAUUGCUGGAGGCCCUGUUAAGACCCGCCCUCACGUCACUCGUCCAACCCGCCAUUACUCCUCAAAUAAUCGCCUUAUUGCAUCCUGGGAUGACUUUCCACUUACACAGCCAUCUGGUCCACUCACUGAUUUUGUGGAGCGACUCAAUAGCGAGCUCUCACCAAUGUCACGGGACCCCCCUCGUCAUGUUCUCGGAGCUAAUGUCUCAAAAUCAGGAAGGCUCAUUAUCCACACUGCAAACGACACUGGAACUGCUAGAAUAAAAGCUCGCCCGAUGACUAUUCUUCAAGCAGCUCAGGCCUCCGAUUGCUUUCCUAAUUUUGAUUCAACUAUUGGUGACCCACCCACAGUUCACUCGGAUGUGCCAUGGCAUGGUAUAGUGGUCCAUGAUCUCCCAGCCGAUUCACUUCGCGACUCUUUCGACUCCGCCACUCCAAAAAACAGCAUAUGGUCAUUACUUGAAAAUGAGGCAGGGGUAUCUAGGCAGGAUAUCCGAGGGCAAAUACGGGCUCUUUGUCGCGAUGGGGAGGAGUUCCAGAAGGACCGACUUUCUAUUCUCAUUAGGUUUGAAGACAAGAACAUCACAGAACGGCUCUAUCACUCUGGCAUUUUUCUCUUUGGCUCCUGGUGUCGAGUCUCUCGAUAUCGGGAGCGGAAGAGGAAACCUCAACCUUCAACUCCAACUCCAGCACCCCACGCAGAAAACACCACGCCGCAAUAA